AUGGAGACCCAGAGCCUGGGCGGCGACUUUCUGAUUCAACUCAGGGCAGAGGGGGCGCGGGCAAAUUACAAUCCAUGGGAGCCAGGCGACGAUAAAAUCUUGUUCCAACUUGGCGUCAGCGACAUUGAAGCAGUUCGAGACGCUCUAGGCAUCACGGCCCUCUGCGGCAGUCACGGUGGAUUAACAAUUCGGUCCCACUACGAGGCAUACAGUGAGAUAAUGCGACGCAGCCAUGUCACGUUGGCACCAAGCGAUAAAGAGACGCUUGCGCGUUGGGAUAGAUGGAGCCUAACAGCGCGCCAUUUCGACGAGACCAGCCAGGAGCCAGACUACCCUAGGAGAGAUAGAGACACUUACAAGUCGCUUGCCUACUGGGAUAGCGACAACGAGGAAAUCGAUGUCAUGGAGUCAGAUAGUGGUGUUGGGCCAGCUAUUGGUAUAGAGGCAGUUGGUGGUAUAGAGGGAGCUGGUGGUAUUGAGGAGACGGGUAGCAGUGAGCCAGCUGAUUGUAUGAAGGCAGCUGGUAGCAUCAUUCGGAUAGGUGAGACGACGAGACAGGAGAGUCAUGGAGUUGGUGGCAAAAGAGAUAUGUGUUCACCUAAGUGA